CAGGCUUGUUGAUGUUACAGCAUCCGAACAAGUCCUCACGGUCGAUUCAAAGCAGAGUAGAAGACCCAACAUCACUACGACUAGUUCAAUCUGGUGGAAAAGCAAAUGAAACCACUACAGCUGAUGCAAUAGUUGUAGAAAAACCACAAGCACCAGGAGUUGCACCUGAACGACCUUUGAAGCAUAAAACAGCC